AUGGAGAACGGUGCCGUGUUCGCAGGUCUUCAGCCCAAUCCCGCCACCGCCCACCACCACCACAACAACUUCCUCGCCCCUUCAGACAGAGUUAUUAAGCUUCUUCCUCCACUCCUUACCGUCAAAAGGCACUUCUGCCCUCAACCUCUCAAGCUGCAAAAGCAAUCUCAUUUUGCUUCUUUAAGAGUAAAUGACACUGCUAACGCUGUCCCAGUGGCCACACCCACCAGCAAUGUAGCAUUAGAUUUAGCUGAAAUUGAUUGGGACAACAUUGGUUUUGGGUUUAUACCCACUGAUUACAUGUAUAUUAUGAAAUGUUCCCAAGGAGAAAACUUUUCAAAUGGUGAAUUACACCGUUUUGGAAACAUUGAAUUGAGCCCAUCUGCUGGGAUUUUAAAUUAUGGACAGGGAUUAUUUGAAGGUUUAAAAGCUUAUAGGAAACAUGAUGGCAAUAUUUUACUGUUUCGUCCCAAGGAAAAUGCAUUUCGACUAAGGACCGGUGCAGAACGUAUGUGCAUGCCUUCUCCAAGUGUAGAACAGUUUUUGGAAGCUGUAAAACUAACUGUUUUAGCAAAUGAAAGAUGGAUUCCCCCACCGGGUAAAGGUUCGUUAUAUAUAAGACCAUUGCUCAUGGGGAGUGGAGCUGUCCUAGGCCUCGCACCUGCUCCCGAAUACACCUUUUUGAUUUAUGUAUCACCUGUUGGCAACUAUUUCAAGGAAGGUUUGGCUCCAAUAAAUUUAAUAGUUGAGACUGAAAUGCAUCGAGCAACACCUGGGGGUACUGGAGGAGUUAAGACUAUAGGAAAUUAUGCAGCAGUUCUAAAGGCACAGAGUGCUGCAAAAGCGAAAGGAUUUUCCGAUGUUCUCUAUCUGGAUAGUGUUCACAAAAGAUAUCUGGAAGAGGUUUCAUCUUGCAAUGUAUUUGUUGUAAAGGGCAAUGUGAUAUCUACUCCUGCAAUUAAAGGGACCAUUCUUCCUGGGAUCACGCGAAAGAGCAUAAUUGAUGUUGCUCGUAGUCAAGGAUUCCAGGUCGAGGAACGGUUUGUGACAGUGGAUGAAUUGCUUGACGCUGAUGAAGUUUUUUGUACUGGAACAGCUGUGGUUAUAUCCCCUGUAGGAAGCAUAACUUAUCUUGGUAAAAGGGUAACUUAUGGAAGCGAAGGGGUUGGAGUUGUGUCACAGCAAUUAUAUUCCUCACUUACCAGCCUUCAAAUGGGACGUGCUGAGGAUAAAAUGGGUUGGAUAGUUGAGCUCAAGUAG